AUGUUCGGCCAGUAUUCCCUAAAUACCAGCCCCACCGAUAGCAGCUACCGGGCGCCGAAACUCAACCACAGGAAAUCUCGCUAUGGCUGCCAGCGAUGUCGCAUGCGUCGCGUGAAAUGCAACGAGGCAAAGCCAACCUGUCACCACUGCGAGCGCCAUAGAGCGCAGUGCAUCUAUGAUCGGCUUCCGCGGAAUGCAAAGAGCAGAGAAUCGUCUCCAGCAUCUUCAUCUCGGCCCCUGACCAGUGAGGCCAGAACCUCUGAAAGUGGCUCCGACAAGCAGUCUCCUCUGUCAUCGGUGGACACGGCGGAUGACGAUGCCCCGGAAUCAAAACAGCGGCGGCUUCUGGAGGCGAGACUGAUGCAUCUAUAUCUCACCGAGACGGGUCCCUCCCUGCCUAUCGAUGAUAUAACUCGCCCAGUCUUCGCCAACAUGAUGCCCAAGCUGGCCCUAGACUCAGAAGCCCUGCUGUAUUCCAUUUAUGCUCUCGCAGCCGUCCAUUCGUGCGUAUGCAACAUAGAUUCUACCUUUGACGGACUCGAAGUCCAUAGGAAAUAUUUGGCAAUGGCUUUGCACGAACAUACAAAGGAUAUUGCCGAGCUCAGCGAGUCGAAUUUCGAAAGCGUGUUUCUCACGACGCAUUUGUUGCGCGUGUGUAUGUUUGCCAAUCUGCGAUUUCGAAAUCGUUCGCCGUAUACUCCUCCUCUGGAAUGGAUACUCACCACUGGGACGCAACAAGCCCUCUUCACUAAGGCUUGGAGCAUUAUUGUGGCUCAUCCAGAAUCCAUCGCGGCGCGCAUGGUGACGAGCUCGCCCAUCAUAUACGAUGCCGAGGAAAGAUUCGGCGAGAGCCAACGAAAAGGACUAGAGUAUAUCCUCGAACGGGAUGAUGAAGACGAAGCGUCCGAGCCGUGGGAUCCAGAGAUUCAGGACGCGUACGAGACGACGCUCAGCUACCUCGGCGGUUGUUUGCAGCUGCUGGAUCCCAAUAGUGAAAGGUUCAACGUCAACGACGCGAGGAGGAGGAUGGUCAUUUUCCCCAUGGCCGUGAAGAAGAGUUUUCUCGAUCUCACGCAAGAGGCUCGCCCGCGGGCCAUGGUGGUCAUGGCGUACUAUUUUGCGAUUCUUGUCAUCGAGACGACGUGGUGGGUUGGCGACGUGAGGACGCUGGAGGUGCGGGCCAUUGCCGAGAGUCUGCCAGCCAAGUGGCUCAAGAUGGUAGAGUGGCCAUUGCGAGUAGUAGAGGCCGGGGCUAUUCUGCCGAUCUAA